UUUGAUUGAUUGACUGAUUUAUUAAUCACAAAAAUUAACAAAUUUCCCAUAAAAUUAAACUUUUUUUAAAAAAAAAUAUCAUGGGUAAAGAUGAAUUAUACAUCAGUGUUCCAAGUUUUUUCAAGUGUCCAAUUUCAUUAGAUGUAAUGAAAUCACCUGUGAGUUUGUGUACUGGUGUUACCUACGACCGCACCAGCAUCCAACGGUGGUUAGACAGCGGCAACAACACGUGUCCGGCUACGAUGCAAGUUCUAGACACCAAGGAUUUCGUUCCUAACCAUACCCUUCAACGCCUCAUUCAGAUCUGGUCCACCAACCACCAUUCCGCCUCCGCUCUCAAGGGUGCUCUUCUUCCGCAAUUCCAUUCAGUGUCAUCUGCUUUUGUAUCGGAUUUGAUAAAACAAUUGUUAGAAAUAGAGAAAGAAAAAGAAAAAGAUGAUGGGGUUUUGUUCGAGGGUGUUGUUAAGAUUCUGUGUUUCGCUUCUGAAUCAGCUGAGAACAGGAGAUUUCUGGGUUCAAAUGGAUUGUUUGUGGAUUUCUUGAUUCGAACCGUGUCCUCGGGAGGUCCGGAUCUGUCCCCGGACCUCCUCGAGGCCGUGCUCAAACUACUCCAUCUUGUCAUUGCCUUGAAUAAUGGCAAUGACAAGAUGGGUAGUAACAGCCGCUGCGAACUUGUUUCGGCCCUGGCUCGGGUCCUUAAAACUGGCCGGCUAAGGUCCAAGGUCGCAGCGGCUGGGAUACUUGAGGCAUUUGCUCAAGACGUCGAAACGAAGAGAAUCGUGUUCGACCACCAAGAGCUCGGGAUCGAGCUCUUGAGAAUACUAAAGCAAGGGAGAUUCGAACAAGAGGUAGAGAAACAGGCAGUUUUAUCUUGCCUGAUUUCUCUAUCCUCCCCUCGGCGCAACAAACAAAAGUUGGUCCGAGCGGGAGGAGUUAAAACUAUAGGCGACAUGAUUACCUCACACGGUAACAAUAGUAUUAGCGUUAAUAAUACUAUUGUUACCGUUGAGCUCCUUUUCACCCUGCUAGAAAUGCUAGCAGGGUGCACGGAGGGUCGACUAGCUAUAAUCGAGGAUCCGAAUUGUAUACCUAUGAUAAUCAACAAGUUAAUGAAGGUUUCGAGCGCAGUGAACGAGCAUGGUAUUACACUAUUAUGGGGUUUGUGUUACUUGUUUCGCGAUCAAAGAGUUAAGGAAUCUGUUAUGAAAAGUAAUGGUGGAUUAACCAAGAUAUUAUUGUUGAUGCAGAGUGAUUGCUCCCCUGCUGUCAAGAGGAUGUGCUGUGAUUUGCUUAGGAUUUUCAGGGUUAAUUCUAAGUCUUGCCUUUCUAGCUAUGAUACUAAAACUACCCAUAUUAUGCCAUGUUAGUCUUGGGUUAAUUUUUUUAAUUUUAUAAUUUGGGUGAUGAAAUAGGUGAAAAUUUGGGAGAGAUCAAUAUACAAGAAUUUUGUAAAUGAUAAGGAAAAAAAGAAAGAAAUUUUGAUGAAUUAUAGAAAGGAAAUUCAUUCCUUUAUUUAUUGUUAUAUUUUGACUAGCUAUGAAUACUAAAUUUACUCA